AUGGAAUCGACUUCUUUUGGUGAUUCUGUAAGUGUACAUGGUCGAAGUAUUGAUAAGGAAAACCUUAUGCGAAAGUUGUUGUCAGAGGGGGACAGUGGAGUCGAGAUUGUUUCGAUAGUAGGGACGGGAGGGGUUGGGAAAACAACUCUUGCUCAAAUAGCCUUUAAUGAUCCUGAAGUUGAAAAACAUUUUGAAUUAAAAAUAUGGAUUUGUGUUUCAGAUCCUUUUGACGUGAAGAAGAUUGCAAAAUCAGUUCUUGAGGCCGUUAAGGAGCCUUUCUCCGACUUCUCGAAUUUGGAAAUGUUCUUACAACGUGUGAAAAACUCAAUUUCACAUAAAAGAUUUCUUAUUGUCCUAGAUGAUGUGUGGACCGAGGACCCCAUGAAGUGGGAACCCCUGAAAAACUCUCUCCAGGGUUCACCCGGAAGUAGAAUUUUGGUGACGACAAGGAACGAUCGGGUUGCAACAUUGAUAAGCACGACGAACACACCGCAACCAUUGGGCAAACUAUCCUAUGAGGACUGCUGGUCAUUAUUAAGAGACUUGACUGAGUUAGAAGACUUGGUUGACGCUGAGAAUGCAGAAUUGAAAAAUAAGAUACACAUUCAAGAGUUGAUCUUCGUUUUUGCUGGGGAGGUGAGGGUGGACAUAAUGGAGGCUCUUCAACCACCUCCAAACCUGCAUUGUUUAAGAAUGCAUGGAUACAAGGGCACCCAAUUGCCAGUAUGGAUCACCACGUCCCUUAACUAUUUAAGGGUGCUUAAUUUCGCAUCAUUUUACAACUUCUCAUCUUUGCCCCCGUUGGGAAAACUGCCAAUGCUUGAGGAGCUUGAGAUAGCAGUCUUGUACAGCAUGAAAUACGUGGGCAAUGAAUUCUUGGGAAUAAUGGAACCGAAUGCGGGACCUGCAUUCCCCAAGUUGAGGAAAUUGCGUUUUAUGUAUUGUGGCAACUGGGAAAAGUGGGAGGAUAUAACUGGGGAUGAAAAAGACCGUCUCUUAAUAAUGCCAUGUCUCAGGGAGUUAGAAAUCAUUUGUUGCGACAAGUUAAAGGCAUUGCCACAUUGCCUCCUCCGUAUGGCAUCGUCUCUGGAGCAUUUGACUGUCAGAGACUCCUUAGGUCUAGCUUCACUUUACGGGGACAGGACUGGAGACGAAUGGGACAAGAUAUCUCACAUUCCCCACAUUAAGGUAGAGAGUUUGGAAGAUAUAAACAGGUAUGAUUUUUGUUUAAGAGUGUAUGCUCUUAUCAGAUUUUUUUAA